CUGUCCCAAUGCUACUCUGUAUAUAUACCACUAAAGCUAAAUUUGCAUGGUCAAAGUUGGAACCAUUCCGUUGACCGGAUGACGUGGACAUCCUCCGUACGGUUGGUCUCUCAUGCAUGCAGCUAUCGACAUGGCUGCUGCUUCUCUCCGUCUGGUCGUCGUCGCCGCCGCCGUCGCGAUCUCCCUCCGGGGCGCCGCCGCCACGGCGGUGACCGUGGAGGACGCGUGCCGGCACACGAGGCACGAGGCGUACUGCGUGAAGGCGCUGUCGGCGAGGCCGGAGAGCAGGGCGGCGGCGUUGGACAUGCCGGCGCUGGCGGAGGCGGCGCUGUCGAUGGCGGCGGAGAGCGGGGCGGCGGCGACGUCGUUCGUGAGGAACCUGGCGAAGAUGCCCGGCGGCAUGCCGCCGGAGUGCCUGGAAGGGUGCGUGGCGAAGUUCCAGGAGGCGGUGGCGGAGCUGAGGCGGUCCGAGGCGGCGAUGGAGGUGCGCCAUGACGCCGCCGGCGCCAAGGCGUGGGUGACGGAGGCCAGGGCGGACGGCGAGACGUGCAUGGACGAGUGCCGGAUGACGGAGGGCGGCGCCGCCCCGGAGAUCGCCGACAGGAUCGACGAGCUCGCCAAGCUCUGCUCCAUCGCCCUCGCCCUCACCAAUGCGUCCAUGAGCAAACAUCCGUAGCAAAUCAUCGUGUAUAACAAAAACGAGAUUUGGAGGGGGAGACCUCUAUCCAAACAUUUAUUAAAAAGAAAUUAUGAGCGUGUUAAAGAUUGAACACGAGAUCUCGGAAUCGGGAUUGAAACCAUAUACCCUUUACCACUGUACUAUCAUGUGCAUUUCAUGUAUCCUCGUGUAUAUAUACGACCACCAAAUUCUCUCUUGUUA